AUGUCCAAGGCCGCGCUCAAGCGCAUCUGCAAGGAGGCGGGGGGCUUCAGCACGCCGAGCCUGAACGACAAGCUCUACGGGAACUACAAGGGCUUCACCGCCAUCGCGAACCUCGAGGAGUACACCGGUCUGAAGGCCGUGUUCCUCGAGGGCAACGCGCUGGACUCGCUCGAGGGCCUCCCCGCGCUCCCGGAGCUCAAGUGCCUGUACGCGCAGCAGAACUGCAUCCACGACAUCAGCGGCCUCGAGGGGUGCCCGCUCCUGGCGCACAUCGACCUCUCGCGCAACCGCAUCAAGGUCGUGGAGAACCUGGACCACCUCGAGCAGCUCGCGACGCUCCAGCUCGCCGGGAACGACCUCACGGACAAGGCCUCGAUCGCGCACCUGGCGCGCUGCAGCGCCGUCGAGACGCUCGACCUGUCGGACAACCGCAUCGACGACCCCGCGGCGCUCGAGGUGCUGCAGAGCAUGAAGCAGCUGCGCUGCCUGUACCUCAAGGGCAACCCGAUCGUGUCGGCCACGCGCAACUACCGCAAGGCCGUCAUCGCGGCGCUGCCCAACCUGUCCUACCUGGACGACCGCCCCGUGUUCGACCUGGAGCGGACGACCGCGGAGGCGUUCGCGGAGGGCGGGAUCGAGGCCGAGCGCGAGGCGCGGCGGGCGUUCAAGGCCGCGGAGGACGAGCGCCACAAGCAGAACAUGCAGCACAUGUGGGACAUCCGGGAGGCGGCGUGGAAGAAGCGGCGGGAGGCGAUGGGGCAGGACCCGGACGCCCCCGGGGACCCCGCGUUCGACGACCUCGACGACACCGAGUGGACCGAGCCCGAGGAGCCGCCGGAGCUCGUCGCGGCGCGCCGCAAGCUCGCCGCGUACACCGCGCGCCCGGGCGAGGAGGAGCCGCCCGAGCUCACCGCCGAGCGGACGCGCCUGGCCGCCGAGGGCCGCGCCGUGGUGGACGCGCAGUGGUCGGCGCUGGCGCCCGGCGACGAGAACGCACGGCGCACGGAGGGCGCCGCGGGCGUCGGGCGCGACGACCAGGGGUCCGGGGAGACGUCGCCGUCGUCCGGGCCGCGCGAGGGCGUCAAGGCGGAGGCGUCCGACCUGCCGGACCUGGAGCCGCUGUCCGUGCAGCCGUCCGAGGCCAGGGCGGCCGCGGGGGGCGACGCGCUGGACGGGCUGGACUAG